UUGGAGUUGCCCUAAGUGGGACAAAAAUAUGUGCCGGUUCAAGGGUACGACGCCGUCGGCUAGUUCUCACUUGUAGCAAUCGCCGGCGACGACGGCGAUUUAACGGCCACCAACAACUAUACUUGACGCUACUUUCCUAAUCCACCUCUCCCCCAAAACUCCGUACGCGACAUGCCCAAUUGCUGUCCCUCUCCAUCACCCCUAUAAAAUAUUAUCAACAGCGUCAAAACUCAAAACCCUACAAACAAAAUCCAACAAUCGUUGAUUUUGUGGGUGGUUCGAAGUGGGUAUAUCGAAUUUAUACAGAAAGAUGAAACUUUAAAGUGAUUUUCAUCUCAGUCAAGCAGCCGGUCGUCAAUUUUGUGGGUGUAAUUUGAUUGGGUUUGUUGGAUCGAUGCGGAAGAUGAUGAAUCUUUAAAGCCAAAAGAAUUGAGAGUAGAAUUAUGAGCAAUAGAAGCCGGCCGUCGGUGCAUCCACUUGAUACUGAAGUUCCUCAAUUGAGAGAAGGAGCCGCUGCCGAUAAUGGGGAUCCACCUGAUGAUACAGUCAUAAUGAAAGAUGUUCAAGGGAUGCCCGGAACGCCGGCCGGCCUCAUCUUGCGUCUUUUUCAAUUCGGUUUCGCCGCCGUUUCAGUUGCCGUCAUGGCCGCCACCAGUGACUUCCCUUCCGUCACCGCCUUCCGGUACCUUGUUGCAGCUUUAAGCUUGCAAUGCUUAUGGAGUCUCUCACUUGCCAUUCUUGAUAUUUAUGCUCUUUUGGUGAAACGGUGUUUACGAAAUGCAAGAGUUCUUGGUUCUGUUGCUAUCGGAGAUGGGAUUACAUCGACGUUAACAUUUGCUGCAGCUUGUGCAUCAGCAGGCAUAACAGUUCUUAUUGGUAGCGACUUGAACAACUGUGCUGAAAACCAUUGCACCAGAUUCGAAACAUCCAUUGCUAUGGCUUUCGUCAGCUGGUUUCUGGUUUCGCCAACGUUUUUCUUGAGUUUUUGGUCUCUUGCGUCGAGAUGAUACCCCUUCAAUUGUGACAUGUGUAUAUAUAGACGAGUUUUUUUGAUUUCUUGGUGUUGUAUGGUGGCUUAAAAGUAAGAAAUUAUUUCAUGUAGUUACAGGUGGAUAUUGUACUUCUGUUUUUGUUC